AAAAGAAACGUGGGUGCUUGGAAAAAUGUGACGGUCUAUGGGGAUGUGGAAAUAGAGAGGCUGAGCUUGGUGGGAGAGUCUAAACCCCAGAGAGAGAGAGACUGAGAGAAAAAGAGAGAGGGAGACGGAAAUGUAGAAAGGGAGAGGUGUGUCUGUUCAAAAAGCUUUUUUAGAAGAACUGCAGAGAGGACAUUUAGAGAGGAAAGAUAACACGAGUCUUACAAAUGUCCUUAAGAGGAACAGGUGAAGCAGAACUACAUAAUUUAUGUCAAGGUGAAACCAGACCAUCAACAUGGGCAAGCAGAACAGCAAGCUCCGUCCCGAGGUGAUACAAGAACUGUUGGACAACACAGAUUUCACCGAGCAUGAGAUCCAGGAGUGGUACAAGGGCUUCCUGCGAGACUGCCCGAGCGGUGCGCUCUCCAUGGAAGAAUUUAAGAAGAUCUACGGCAAUUUCUUUCCCUAUGGAGAUGCGUCGAAGUUUGCAGAGCACGUCUUCCGAACCUUUGAUGCCAAUGGAGAUGGAACAAUAGACUUCAGAGAGUUUAUCAUUGCGCUGAGCGUUACGUCACGUGGCCAUUUGGACCAGAAGCUGAAGUGGGCCUUCAGCAUGUACGAUCUGGAUGGUAACGGAUACAUAAGCAAGGCGGAAAUGCUAGAGAUUGUACAGGCUAUUUAUAAGAUGGUGUCUUCCGUCAUGAAGAUGCCAGAGGACGAAUCGACACCAGAGAAACGAACAGAAAAGAUCUUCCGCCAGAUGGACACAAACCGUGAUGGUAAACUGUCACUGGAGGAGUUUGUAGAGGGUGCAAAGAGCGACCCAUCCAUCGUACGACUGUUGCAGUGUGACCCCAGCGGUGCCAGCCAGUGAAUCAACAGAGCGUCUCACUGAUGUCAUAACCCUUCUCACACAGGUCUUUCUGUUUAAUAAUGUUUUAAUAUAAGCAGAACCUGAACUCCAAUAUUCCCCCCAUCUUACUGUCCCUGUGGGCUUCCCAUCCAACAUCAAGCAAGAUGUUUUAACAGAUGGAAUCACAUAAACAUGCCUCCAUCAUUUUUUGCCACAGGCAAACAUCAGGUUACAUUUGAAUACAAACAAAGGGACAGACACACUAAAAAGCUUGUGCUCAUGUGUCGUGCUGCACUUUGGAAUCCUCAUAUAGGGCUUUUGAAACAAACUAAUGAGUGGUGUAAAGGACAUCGCAUUCUGUUAAUAUGCGGUUCUCCCUAAAAAAAACCUAACACAUAUUAAGGGCUUUGAGUGAAGUAGUUGAGGGAUUGUGGAGGUUUAUGUGCUUGUCCAAGCAUUUGCUAGUUUAUUCUGACAGACUGAAAGAAGAAUGGUAAAGUGUCACUUCGUUGAAUAUGUGCAAAGAUCAAGUCGUAAAAUUUAAAAAUAAAAAUCUUGGUUUUUAUAUUCAGAACAUAAAAUCAUUUGAGGAAAGGCACUUUGACUUGUAUUUGCCCAUAUCAUAUUUAUAUAUAUAUAUAAAAAACAUUUUUUUUUACUCAAAGUAUAUUUUGGCAGCAUUUAUUGCACUGAUGUCAGAGCCUUCAGAAAAUAGCCCCUAAAAAAACAUACUUGACUUUUUUUAUUACUGAAACAUAGAUUGAAAGAUUUGCCCAUUUUGGCUUUAUUUAAUAAUUUAGUUUAGUUAAUAAGUUAAUUUAGUUUGAUUUACAGCCUUGCUAUUGGUUGGAUUUUUUUGUAAGUUAUAAAAUAAUUCCCAUUUGUGUUAUGCUAUAGUUUUGAUGAGUUUACUACUAUUCAAAAAUGUGAAAAUUAAUCAAUGACCCUAAACGAAUGAACGAAGUGACAACUUUUAAUAAUACAGACAUGGACUAAAACCCAAUGGGGGUCUUUAAUGGGGCAGUUAGGCUCAGUUGGGAUUUUUACUUAACAGUGCUUCUUUUAAGAGCACAAGUGUAACCUUAAAAAAAAUAAAAACCAUCAAAAAAUAUUUUUUAGCAAAUGAACAUGCAUGCUAUCCUCUCCACCUAUACAUUCAAUAAUAUAUAGUCGGAAGAAAUCAUCAUAGAAACAAUAAUACUGGAUUUAAAAGAGAGGGACAAAGUAUUAGACAAAGAAUAUGUAGAUAAUAUUUAUGGUUUUAUUUGGUGGCAUACCACAAAAAUGCUUUAUUAUUGUGAAACUGCUAUUAUUUUAAAAUAUGUUGUUUUUUCUGAAAUACAUUUGUAUAUUGAAAUUGUAUGUAGAAUUGUGAAAUUCUAUGCACAUAUGGACAUCUGCAACAUUUGCUGUCAAGAGGAUCACUGCUUUUUAGCACAUAUUUAUUGAAAGAAAUACAUUUUCAUUACCGAAAAGAUUGCGAAAGAUUCUUGAUUUUAAUUUGACUAAAUCCUGGCCUUGAUUUCCAGAUUUGGGUGAUUUUAAUCCUUUUAUUUUUAUAUAUUGGGUAUAAUUACAACUCGAGUUGUUUAGCAAAUACUAAAUGUGGAUCUGCAUUUCAAACUGAAUGUAUUUUCUGUAUGUGUCAAUGGGUCUUUAUGUUUCAGAAUGAAUACAUAUGUGUGUUUAUGGGAUGUAUGUGGUGCUGUCAUGAUGUGUUCAUUCAGUGUUGUCAAUGCAUACUCGUAUAUUUCACUUGUGAGCAUGCAGUCAAUAACAUGAAUAUAGUGAGACAACAAACUGUAUAAAACAAAAAGGUCUCCGCAAAAAACAUCAGGGCAGAAUAUUUGUGAAUAUUUCUUUACAACCUCAGGGUUACAAGUAUCUAUUUUGAAUGGCCAGAAAAUGUGUAAAGGUUUAACAUGCUUCUGUGUAAAUCCAUAUUCAUACAUACACAAACGCUCGCUCACAUGUAAGCCACGUUAUUACAAAACACAAAUACCAUGGAAAUUUAUGAGACCUUGUGUUUCUAAAUUUCUAUCAAACACGCUGAUCAGAACAAUUCUCGCAGGAAAUUAUUCUCGCUUUUUUCAAAGCAAACCAAAAUAUGAAGAAAACAUUUCUGCACAUUUAGCAUUUUUGUGAAAUGCCCUUCAUUAAAAUGAACAGCGCUUGGUGUUUCAUUUUGAAACGGCACAAGACAACGUGGUCAAGUGCCAAACACAGCUAAAUAUCAAUGGCAAAGCAAACAGUGUUCUAACAGUUUAUGCUGUACUGUUAUCUGUCUAAAUAAACGUUUGUCAUUAUCAUUUUGUAGAUUUUGUAUGGUAAAUUGUAUAUUGUGUGAGUAUAGAUAUGAAUGCAGACAUCUGUUUUGGUUUAUUAUAAAUAAAAAGUCCUA